CGGCUGGCAACGUUACUGUGACUCCUCUGGUGGGCGAGAAGCAAGAGAAUGUGGACGGCGGUGACCACUUAACACCAGACAUGGAACCAACUCAUAGUUUGAAGAGAAGUCCUCAAGGAGAAGAGGAGAGAGAAAGUCCUUGGUUUUCUAUAUUGAAGUGUGCCAAGUGUCACGAUUGGUACCCGACCUUGUGCCACAGGCCCACGAUCGGUGACUGGCACUGCCCGUCCUGCCAGCGGAAGCUCAACGAGGUGGUCGAACACGGUGCAUCCCAGCAGCCCAUGGAGCAGACGUUCAACAGAGACUGGGACAUGGAACCAACUCCAAAUCAAAGUUUGGAGAGAAGUCCUCAAGGAGAAGGAGAGCAUGGAGCAAGUCCUUGGUUUUCUAUACGGGAGUGUGCCAAGUGUCACUUAGGGUACCCGAGCUUGUGCAAGAGUCGUGCGGCCACCGAGCUGUCAGUCGUUAGCUCGCACUGCCCGCCCUGCCGGUUUAGGCCCAACGAGAUAGUCGCGCCCGAUGCAACCCAGCAGCCCAUGAAUCAGACUCAAAGUUUGAAGAGAAGUCCUCAAGGACAAGGGGAGCAUGGAGCUGGUCCUUGUUUUUCUAUACGAUGGAAUGUACAAGUAAGGGAAGUAGUACCCGUAUCUGCUGUGGAGGGACGACCCCAGCCCGGCGCCCUGGAGGCAAGCAAGCAAACCGUUGUAAAGCCAAAAGAAAUAAAACAAUAUUCUUCGCCCAGCUCACCCGACCCGUCGCCCGAACAGCUACCGGAACCAACACCCGGCCCCUCCACGAAAUAUGGAAACUACAAAUAAGCAUUGAACUCUCCAGCAAUCAGAGCUUUCUCAAAAAAUUUUCUGCAAAAUCGUUUAUGGAUUUGAAGUGUCGGUGGAGAAUAUUUACCUACAAUAUUUUAAUUAUUAAGCUGUUUAAUAUUUUUACUCAUAAGUUUCAAUUUUAAUGUUAAUUUGAAUAGUUUUUGAUCUAAACGCUGACGAAAAAGUAAAAAAAAAAAAACAAUGUUUAAUUCUUAAGCAAUGUUUGAUCAUGUAGUAAGCACGUUUCUGAUAGUAUGCAAUAUAUCAUAUGAAUAUUUAAUUUACAAACAUAAGUUAUUAAAUCGUGUUGCAUGUUGUAUGUAACAUAC